AUGAGCGGCGAGGCCGUUCCAGGGGAGGCCUCCUCCCCAGCCACACAGAGCCCGCACUACUUCGACCGCUUCUCCGAGGACGACCCCGAGUACCUGCGCGUCAGGAACAUGGCCGCCGACCUGCGCCAGGACUUCAACCUGAUGGAGCAGAAGAAGAGGGUCACCAUGAUCCUGCACAGCCCGUCUUUCAGGGAGGAGCUGGAGACCCUGAUCCAGGAGCAGACAAAGAAGGGGAACAACUCCAACAUCUGGGCCCUCCGGCAGAUCGCGGACUUCGUGGCCAGUACCACCUGCUCGGCCCUCCCCACCUCGCCCCUGAACGUCUCCGCCGUGACGCCCAUCAAUGACCUCCACGCCACCGACUCGGCCUCGCUGGCCAAGGGGGAGCGGCUCAUGCGCUGCAAGGUGGCCAGCGUCUACCGACUGCUGGAGCUCUACGGCUGGGCACAGCUGAGCGGCAGCCACGUCACGCUCCGAGUCAGCAAGGAGCAGGAUCACUUCCUGGUCUGCCCCUCGGGCCUCUCCUGCCACGAGGUGACGGCCUCCAGCCUGAUUAAGGUGAACAUCCUGGGGGAGGUGGUGGAGCAGGGCAGCACCAGCUUCCCCAUGGACGCGUGUGGAUUCAGCCUGCACUCGGCCAUCUACGCAGCUCGGCCCGACGUGCGGUGCAUCGUCCAUCUCCGCACCUCGGCCACGGCCGCGGUGUCUGCAAUGCGGCUCGGCCUCUUGCCGAUCUCCCACGACGCGCUGCUGGCCGGGGACAUGGUGCACUUCGAUUUCAACGGCGAGAUGGAGGAGGAGGCGGACAGGAUCGAGCUGCAGAAGUGCCUGGGACCCACCUGCAAGGUUCUGGUGCUGAGGAACCACGGCCUGGUGGCCCUGGGAGACACCGUGGAGGAGGCAUUCUACAAGGUCUUCCACCUCCAGGCAGCCUGUGAAGUCCAGAUCUCGGCCUUGUCUGGGGCCGGGGGGGCCGAGAACCUCAUCGUGCUGGAGCGGGAGAAGCACCGGCCCCACGAGGCGGGCUCGGUGCGGUGGGCCGGCAGCACCUUUGGACCCAUGCAGAAGAGCCGCCUGGGAGAGCACGAGUUCGAGGCCCUCAUGCGGAUGCUGGACAACCUGGGCUACCGGACGGGCUAUGCGUACCGCUACCCGUUUGUGCAGGAGAAGGCCAAGCACAAGAGCGAAGUGGAGAUUCCCGCGACCGUCACGGCAUUUGUCUUUGAGGAGGAGGCGGGCCCCCCCCUGACGCUCCGCCAGCACGCCCAGAAGCAGCAGAAGGAGAAGACCCGCUGGCUGAACACGCCGAACACCUACCUGCGCGUCAACGUCGCCGAGGAGAGCCAGGGCGGCGCGGGCGGCCAGCGAACCAAAACCACGUGGAUGAAAGCUGAUGAGGUGGAGAAAUCCAGCAGUGGAAUGCCGAUCCGAAUUGAAAACCCCAACCAGUUUGUGCCUCUCUAUACGGACCCCCAGGAAGUUCUGGAAAUGAGGAACAAGAUUCGAGAGCAAAACCGCCAAGACGUGAAGUCGGCGGGACCCCAGUCCCAGCUGCUGGCCAGUGUGAUAGCCGAGAAGAGCAGAAGCCCGUCGGCUGAGAGCCGCUUGGCGGACGGCGAGCCGAAGGACGGGUUCUGCACGGAGGGCUCCCCCGAGCCGGAGACGCCCAACCCCUUCAGCCAGCUGACAGACCAGGAGCUGGAGGAGUACAGGAAGGAGGUGGAGAGCAAGAAGCUGGGCCUUGACGGGGAGAAGGACGCCGGCCUGGAGGAAGAAGCGAUGUCUCCUGCCGAAACCGGGGCCACCCCCACGGAAGAGAGUCCCUCGAAGCCCGGGAUAAUGAGCCCGCCCUUGUCACCCUCCAAGUCUUCGGAAGGUGUCUCCAAGACUGAGGGCGGCCAGGUGCCCCCCGAGCCUUCCGCCGCCGAGGACGAGAAGGCCGAGCGCGAAGCAGUGAUCAUGAACGGGAAAGACGACGAUCAAACCAUCGAGGAUCUCCUCAGCAAAGGGAUCAGCCAGAUGAGCACCAACGUGGACCCCGAGCCCCCCAAGGACAAAACCGAGUCGGUCACCAGCGGGCCGGUGUCCCCUGAGGGCUCACCCUCCAAGUCACCUUCCAAGAAGAAGAAGAAAUUCCGCGCUCCCUCCUUCCUGAAGAAGAGCAAGAAGAAGGAGAAAGCCGAGUCCUGAGGGCCGCCGGCCUGCCC